AUGAACGGAUUCCCCUUUCCCCAUCUGUCAGCGUGCAGGGAACUCAAUGGGCGGGCGCGGGAUGGAAGUGAGGAUCGCGAGGAUCCUAACCUGGUCGUUUUGCCCGAUGGCAAGACCUUUUACCUGCAGAGACGGCUCGUCAACUCUCUCUUUGGGGCCGUCUUCCAUGGCAUCCAGGGGGAGUGCCCGAAUACAAACGAAGAGGAGGAACAGUUCCACGUGGCGGUGAAGAGAUCGAGCCUUGCGCAUAUGCGGCGAACUCCGCAGGAGAACGUCUUCAAAGAAAUCGCAGUCAUGCGCGAUUUGGCGGCUGGGCCAAGGCAAGCAGGCGGACACCAGUUCGUCAUGCCGUUGGUGGCGGCGUGCAUGUCAGAGACACACGUUUACGUGGUGACACCGUACUGCGGGGGGGGGGACCUGUUGAAAAUGGUUGAGCCGGGGGAGGGGACGGGGGAGCAACACGCAAGGAAAUGGUUUCGGCAGAUUUUGUUCGGGUUAGCUCAUGUGCACUCGAGGGGCCUUUGUCACCACGACUUCAGCCCUGAGAAUGUCGUCAUCACCAGAAUGGGAGACGCCGCGGUUGUGAUGGACUUCGGCAUGGUUCAGCGAAUGCGGAGAGGUCCCCGGGGAGAGGUGCUGGCGGCGCGCGAUGCACAGCGAUUCGGCAAGUUUAGGUACAUGGCGCCGGAAAUCUGGAACAACCAGGAGUACGACGGGAGGCAGAUUGAUAUCUGGUCCGUCGGAGCCACACUGCUGGUGUGUCUGCUAGGAGACUAUCCGUGGGCGGCACCGACGCGUGUACCGAUGGAGGCACAAGGGAUCUACAGUUCGGACAUCUACAGCUACACGACCUUGGAGCAGCACGGGGCCGGAGUAAUGCUCGAUAGAUUAAAUCUCACAUCGAGAAUAUCUGCAGGGGCGGUGGACCUCUUCUGCCAGAUGCUGGUGGUGGACCGCAGGCUUCGUCCAUCCUCGGCGCAACUGCUAGCACAGCACCCGUUUUUCGCGGCGUAGUUGUUUGAGGUCGACCUUGUUAACUUGGUAAGCUUGGCGUUGGGCCAGGCCUGAGCGAUGGCAGGAAUAACUAACACACGGACAAGGGGGGUAUUUUUAGUGGCUGAUGCUGUCUUUGGAGAGAGAGGGCAGAGCACGGGGGAGGGAAGGGGAUCCGAGAGUGUCUCGGCGUCAUAUUUUCCUGAAGUAUACCCGCAACCCGAUAGACUAACGCGUAGACAUUAUUUGAUGGUUUUUUCGCUGUUUUGGUAAAUACAUGCAUGUCCCAAAGUAAGAAGUGUUUUGUGUGUUUUCCCUGAUUACGGAGUCGCUCUACACGGUUAGGUCCGCGGUUGGUUGGAAGUGGGCUUCCUUAAGAUGUGCAGGUGUUGGUGCGAGAGUGAAUGCGUGAGGUGUGCUCUGGUGGUUCUUCACCUUCUUCCCCUACUUGAAAUGCGGGCUGUUUAUUUAUGGUUGAGAUGUAAUUUAGUGUGGUGCAAUGGCCAGUUUUUGUGAGCG